GUUUCAGGCAGUCUUGAUACGGAAUGUCUGAAUUCUCGGAUUGGUAUUUUGGAGUACCGGAAAUCACUAGAUACUGGUUUACCGGUAGUGUCAUUUUGCCGCUGCUAGGCCGAUUUGGUUUAUUCAGUCCCUAUUUAAUGCUACUUGAGUGGAAUCUAUUUUUUCACAAAUUUCAGAUAUGGCGACCAGUGACAGCAUUGUUUUAUUAUCCAUUAACGCCUUCUUCGGGUUUUCAUUGGCUAUUGAUGCUGUAUUUCAUGUAUAAUUAUUCUCGUGGUAUUGAGACUGGACUGUUUGAUGGUCGACCGGCCGACUACCUUUUUAUGCUUAUUUUCAACUGGAUCAUUUGCGCCAUAAUAUGUCUAGCAGCUGGUGUGUAUUUUCUACUGGAACCAAUGGUUCUUAGCGUGUUGUACAUAUGGUGUCAAAUGAAUAGAGACCAAAUUGUUCACUUUUGGUUCGGAACACAAUUUAAAGCAAUGUAUUUACCAUGGAUACUUGUCGGUUUCAAUAUGAUUCUUCGAGGGGGUGGUAUGAAUGAACUAAUCGGGAUUCUCGUUGGACAUGCUUACUAUUUCUUGAUGUUCAAAUACCCGCAGGAUUUCGGCGGUCGCACUUUUUUGCAAACACCACAAAUCUUGUACCGAUGGUUCCCAAAUUGGGCAAACGUAGUCCAUGGAUUUGGUCAAGCACCAUCAUACAGAAGAACAGAUACAGAUAACGGCGGGACAGGUAGACAUAACUGGGGGCAAGGCCGCCCAUUGGGCGGUCCAGACUGAGAACUCAAAAUUCUUGAUUUUAUUCAUGUUUACCCAUCCCCAUAAAGAAAUCCUUCAAAAGUCACACCAGCAAUCAGAUUAUUGAUUGCAUUCUGAACUCCACUCAACAUUUCCAUUAUACGCUUUACUUCCCUCCGUUUGGAAUCCAGUUCAAACGCGACUCCAUUGUCGGAUGCCAACGUUCAUGCCCUUUAUUCCAGUUACGAUUCGGUCCAUUUGUUUUUCAAAGUAUUUGAGACGCUUUCAAUGAUUUCAUUUACUUUUUUUGUAAGAAAUGUGAAACAAAAUGCAUCCUGGCACAAUACCUGAAUUAGGCUACAAAUGCGCCUAAAUUCUUUGUGUGUUUCACACAAAGAACUUAUUUUUGGAACAAAAAUUUCUUUGUGUGAAACAUUCAAAGAACAUAUUUUCGAAACAAGAAAAAAAUCGGAAUGUAUUACGAUUACUGGAAGGCUUCAAAUAAAACCAAAAGUUGCGUUGUUUAGGAAGAACCACAAAAUUCACGAUUAUGUGCUUAGUUUCAUAAUUUUUUGUGUGCAUGUGUGUCUGUG